GGUUACUGCCGUAAUUUGAAGUUUACCAGUUUUCCUAAACCUGGCUACAAGUUGGAGAAUCACACGGUUCGAACUAUUGAAGUAUUCGACGAGGAUCUCUGCAUGGCGCAAUGCUACCUGGAACCUAACUGCGUCAGUUAUAACUUCCAUAGGAUAACACAGCUGUCUGGAACACACAAGUGUGAUCUGAAUAACGCAACUAUUGAACACGAUAAAGAUCUGGUGAAAAACGAAAGUUAUAUUUACCGCGGUGCUGAGGUGAGGAUGACGCUUAUUAGCCAAGAGAAUGAAAUUCUUUGUCUCGUCGAAGCUUCUUAACAAGACCAAGGAUUCCUUAGCCUAUCUCCCUACUCUUAAUUCUCCUUCCAACCACCAAAAGAAAGGUUAUGAUACUUACACGUUUAAACUUUGAAAUAGAGAAUUGGGAGAAGCAUAUUAUUUUUUAUUAAUUUAAUAUGACCACCUCCGGAGUUGUUGUGAUACAUUUUGAGGAUUUAGACACAUUUUUUCCUCGUUCUGAACAGUGCCACGCGUAUAAAGAAAACCAAUGUUCAACGCAGACAUUUGCGUUCAAAAUAAGCGAGCUUGCGUGGAACAUAUGGGCAUAUAAAUGAGAGCACACACGAGGACCAUUACAGAGGACCUAUAGAUUUGAAAACCUGCAUAACAUUCAGAACUCGCAAACACGAACGCAUGCGCAGAAGGUAAGCACAAAAAUUAAAGUGCUCCUAUUCUUUUUAUUCGUAAGAAUGCUUGUGCCAGAAAUCCUUGCAAGAAUAAUGCAACAUGCCAAGCUGGGUUUACAGACAGAGAUUAUCAGUGUUUAUGUGUUCUUGGAUCUGGAUUUGAAGGCCAUGAUUGUGGUGAAGGUAAGCAAUCCUCUGCAAUUUGUUUCCAAUCAGUAAGAUGAUAAAUUUGUUUUUUCUUUUACCAUUUUUUACCAUUUUUUACCAUUUUUUACCCUCCCAGUUUUAUGAAUUGAAUACAAACCAUAACAAAACAAAACACAAGAUAAAGCAUAAAAAAUAGGUUUUAUUUAAAUGCUUCUUUCUUAAUGUUCUAGACUUGAACGAAUGUACUGACGGAACACACAGUUGUGAUAAGGAUGCUGAGUGUAACAAUAACUUGGGAUCUUACAAGUGCACUUGCAAACAUGGAUUUCAUGGAAAUGGAACUAACUGCACAGGUAACUGUUUGUAACAGAUCAUGCUAUCUUAUCUCACCUUGCUUUUCGGAGGUGACUUUAAAAUAAAAAAAAAUCAAGAAAUACAAACAAACAAACAUUAACAAAACACAAGAAAAAACAAAAAAACAGGUUUCAUUUAAAUGAUACUUCUUUUUUAAUGUUCUAGAUUUGGACGAAUGCUCUGACGGAACACACAACUGUGAUGUAAAUGCUGAUUGUAACAAUACCUUGGGAUCUUACAAGUGUUCGUGUAAAGAUGGAUUUCAUGGAAAUGGAACUAACUGCAAAGGUAACUGUUCGUAACACAUUAUGCUUUCUUAUCUCAUCUUACUUUUCUGAGGUGACUCUAAGAUAAAAAUAAAUCAAGAAUAACAAACAUUAACAAAACACAAGACAGAAACAUAAAAAAGGUUUCAUUUCCAUGACAUUUCUUCUAUAAUGUUCUAGAUUUGGACGAAUGCACUGACGAAACACGCACCUGUGAUGUGAAUGCUAAUUGUAACAAUACCUUGGGAUCUCACAGCUGCACGUGUAAAGAUGGAUUUCACGGAAAUGGAACGAACUGCACAGGUAACUGUUUCCCGAAUUUUGUCUUUCACUUCAACUAUCCAAUGCUUGGCGGAGAGGUAAACAAGACUAUAGUUCGUUCCGGUAACGUGGUGUUCAUCCUCACGAUAGUGCUUUACGAUAAGCUUCGUCGCCCAGUUUCAUCUCAGAAAAAUUAUCGGAAAUCGCAUAUCGUAAGGUAGACUUUAAGUUAACCUCAGUAGACCAUCGCAGCGAAGUAGACCAUCAAGAUCGACUUUCGGCAUCAGCUCGGGAAAUUUACUCCUCUUCUGUAAGGCUCAUUUAUUUUAAUAGCUAGGAACUCCUCGGUGAAAUCAGCCCGCUGCGUUUCUCUGAUUAUUUGUAACUCAGCUUGAUUUCGUUUGGAGAAACAGGACCGUCUAACCGUCCUUUCUCUUUUGUGUGGCACUUCACGACAAAUCUUAUCAUACACAAUGUCACUCGCAUGAGUUGUACCAACUUGACCGAUUUUCAGGUUUUAGUUUCCACCUGUUAUCUUCGACGACUCCAACAGAAAGGAUGAAAGACUUCUCGGUUUUGACCUCUAGACCCUCCUCGAUCUUCACUUGUGGCCACUUGUUUUCUGCUUGAGAAAGAAAUUGCGAAACUUGCCACCGAAGUUGAAUCGUCACGAUGUAUUUAACGUCCAUUCCACGGGAACAUAUUUAAGCUGGUAACUCCAAUCGAAGUGUUGUGAUAAGCGUGAAAGGAGCAAGCUUGGUCUUGGAUGCAAUCAUGAAGACUUGUAAUACUCUUUAUCGUAGGAACAUCUUAUAUAGCUUAAUAUCCCAUGAACACUCUUUAUGCUUCCAUGAAAGUGAGGGCGCGGCUCCAUCUCUCCGCUUUUGACUCCCUUAGACUUCUAAGAAAUGUGAUUUAUUUCAAGAUCUCCAGCUCUAGAAACCAUCGUUCGGCUUGCACAGCGAUCUCUUGAGUAACAGUAUCAUCCCAUCCCCCAUUUCCCACAAAUCUUGAGUAAGGAUCUUUGCUUGGACUAUGAACGGAUUGGCGAGACCUAAUGGAUCAAGUAUUUCGGUUAUUAUCCCCACGAUAGACCUUCAACUGGAGUUGUGAUUCGAGGAGAGAAAACAUCAUUCAGAGCAUUCCACAGAAUUCCGAAGGUUUUUAUCACUGGCAAAGUGUCGUGGCUAAGGUUAAUUUGAGUGCUCUGAGUUUCUGUGGACUGACUGGUAGCACCUCCGGAGAGUAAACUAACUAUAUACGAGCCUUUUCUCCUGCUUUAUUCCGCAGAUCUUGAAGUUCUUUGAACAAAUGGAUUGCACUGUCUAAGAAUUGUAUCUGCAUAUGCAUGUUGACUUCUGGACAGUUUCGGAGGCAUGAGGUAAAUUCUCUCUGUUAUUUCUUGGUGUUUCCUGAGACACAAACUGGGCACAAAGCGAAGCGGAUGCAUCUCCAAACACGAAGUCAUUUCCAUCGGGAUUUCGAUUAACUUCCAAAUUCUUCCGAAGAAAUCCAAACAUCGAACGGUCUAGAGGCGAGAUGUUUAUUUGUAAGUACAUUUCACUGACUUCACAUGCAAUGGCUACUUGAAAACGGCGAAAGAGUAGGAGGCCUUCGAACAGAUCUGCUUCAAGCUUGGGGUCCGGUGGAAUUUUAUCGUUCAAAGAUGUAUCUUGAAACUUUGCACUGGUAUCAAAUACGGUUCUGGUCUUUGUAAUGGACCUCUCAGGACGGCAUACAGAGAGGUGAGGGAGGUACCACUGACAUUGAGGCUCCUUUUCGGGGUAAGAUGCAAUAACGUUGUGAUAGUCUUCUCCUAGUAAAUAUUGUUGAUUUAAACGCUUCUCUGUAUUUCUAAGGCGGCUGAAGUCCAUCUCUAGUUGUCCGGUAACGACGGACGGUCAUGAUUAUAAGGUGUGGCAACUUGGUAACGCUCUCCAUCGUGAACGAAUGAGACUAGAACCUUAUCAAGGACUAUCUCCUCCUCUCUUUUUAUCGGUAUUGCAUAAUUUUCGUCGACGCCUAAGGUGUCAACUUCCUAGAACCGCUUCAUAGGAUCGUUCAGUUCUUUAAAUGCCUUUGAUCUGCUUAAAAAAGGUACUAGCGAGAUUAGUUCUUUUCGUCUUCCUCGAUGCUUUUCCUUCUGGACAGCCAAUAUUCGACCACCCCAACGGCCUUAAUCUAGCAAUUGCUUCUCCUCCAGUUUUUCUCUCAAGUCAACCUUUGCAAAAUGAAGAUCAUCUGGUCUUGACCAAUAAGAAGAUCAACUAUGAGAUUAGUUGCUGGUUCAAGAAUUAUACAGACACGUAAGUGAGGCCACUGCCUCCAAACCUUCUUAUGAGAGUAUCAUUCGCCUCCUCGCAUGCUUCUUCUAACAAAGCCAUCGCUUUUUCUUUCUUCAACUGGCUUAUUCCUCAUUCUCGUGGACUUUUUUCUGAAUCGCAUGCCUUAAUAAGCUGAAGGGAAUUAUGCCAGUUCGCAUUUCUGGCUCGGGGACAUGCGAGGGUUUUUCUUGCUUAAACUUCGAGAACAUUUUCGUGAAAUUCUUCAACAGGUGAAUAACCAGUGGAUAUCGAUGACGCUAAUCCAAAGCAACUGUUUUUUCUUGCGACAUGCGUCUCUAUAAUCUGUGAGUUACCUUAGCAUUGUUAUUGCGAUGUAGACCUUUCACUGUAGAACGAGAGAAAAAUGACGUAAAAAGAGCGCAAAUUUCAAAACAGUAAACUCGAUUUAUAGUUCAAGAAAAAGUGGGCUUCGAUCGACAAGAGAGCGAAGGUUUGUGAUUUUGGAUGACGAUUUCUUCACAAAGUAGGGUUUUUAGAUAAGCUUAAACGAUAAUAAGGCAAAAGUGGGUGAUUUUCUGAACGACACGGAAAACUUUUGGGCUCAGUGAAAUCGCAAAGGGAGUUUCAUAGAGAAACAAUAGCCAAAAUAUUGUAAUUUUUUGGCUCGAUCGACAAUGGCGCUAAAAUAUUUUCGAAUACACACUGUUGAUGAUGUCGCAGAGAGUUUUUUGUUCGUCUCGUGCAAUGAUGGCACGAAAGAGCGUGAUAUUUAGAAAUACGCAAAACGGGCUGAAUGGUUAGGAAGUUGUAGAAAGAGUUAAUUGUAUGGCUCGUGCAACAAGAGCGCGAAAAUUUAUGAUUUGAAUGUUUAGUAAGUUGCAAAGGGAGUUCCUUGUGCGGCUUGGGCAACAGUAGCUCGAAAGAGCGUGAGUUUUUUAAAGACGUAAUGGAUGCGAAAAUGUUUAGGCUCGAUGAAGUCGCAGAGGGAGUCAUGGUUGGUCUCAGAGACGAUUAUGGCACAAUAAUUUUUAUAAAUGUGAAUGUUGGUGAAGGUGCAAAGAUAAUUUCUUGCUUAGCUCGCGCCAUAACAGCACGAGAGAUCGUUUUUUUUUCAAAGGGACGCAAAGUGGUUCGAACAAACUUCUUAGCACGAGUGACAGUGGUGCGAAAGUUUCUGAGUUCCGAAUGUUAAUGCUCGUAUGACAGUACUGUAGCGCGAGGGUUUUUUUAAAUUUUGAAUGUUAAAUAAGUCGCAGUGUGAGUUGUUCUUUCUUGCUUUUCAGCUUUACUUCAGCAAAUAUAGCACGAAAGUGCCUGAGUUCUUAAUCUCUAAUAUGUCGUGUAGUUUAACCCCUCCUUCUCUGUACCUUCACAAAUUUUCCCUCCAUCUCCUGGUAAGUAAUGAAUUGUUGUUAACGAAGACUUCCUUACCCCUCCACCAAAGCAUAUUAUAUUUGUCAUUUAAGCCAUUUCCGAUGAUUUCGAAUUUUGCGCAAAGGUCUUUCGGCUUAGAGUCGACACUUCAAGCCUUAUCCCUUAAAAUGAAGAAAAUGACCAUAAAAGGUGCGUUUCUGAGCCCUAUAGUUUGACCGGAAUCUAACCCUAUGUUUGAUAUGUGGCAUCGGCUUCUUCCAAGCUGUCCGCGGCACUUUCUUCGGAUUCGUUCAUCUUUAUAGUUCUGGCACACGAACAAGAAUCUCCCUUUGGCGGCCACCUGUCCCCAACAUUUUUGAACAGCCAAAGUGGUGCGUUUUAAAAAAACAAAAAUAUUAGAACAACAGAGCAAUAUCAAAUGACCCUCAUAUCAUUUACACUCGUUUUGCUGUCCUAGAUAUAGAUGAGUGUAACGAUAGAACACACAAUUGUAAUAUGAAUGCUGAUUGCCACAACAUCAUUGGAUCUUACAAAUGCACUUGUAAAGAUGGACUUCGUGGAAAUGGCAUAGACUCUACCCAGAGUAAGUACUUACUACCCUUGUAAUCUUCAGACUUUUUUUUUUGUUUGUUUUUACAUUUUAAGAUCAAAAGUUUUGGUUUGGGCCGUGAGGAACCAAUUCACUCACAUUUCUAACAACGUUCUUAACUAGAUAGUCAAGAAAAAAAUGUCUUUUCAUCUUUAACUGAACUCCCAAGAUUAAUUAGUUUGUAGAUUCUCUUCAAAUUUGUAACGCACAGUUAAGUAGAUAGAUAAGGAAAAUGCAUUUACAGAAAUUCCAAAACAGUCCUAUCCUCAAAACUCUCCCCAAAGUUUAGACCUUUUUAUUAUGAAAAGAUACAGGGUUUUUCAUCUCGGUGGUGACCAACCUGAAAUUUCGGUAUCGGAAUCGAGAGCAGAAGCAGAAGAGUAGGCCAGGCACGCUGCGAGGUUCUAGGUAUGUUUAAAGACAAAGUUUGAAACCAGGAAAGAGAAGAAAGAAACUCGUGGCAGAGGGGAAGAAGUGCUUUUCUCUUUAGCUUCUUUUUAAUUCAGGCCACUAUUUUGCAUUGAGGGAGACACCACAGGGAUAUGUUUAUUCAUCCAUUCUGUAAAAGAUAACAGUUUACGGUUUGUGUCAUCUAUUGACGUCAAGAUUCGUUCCAUCUUCCUCUUUUUUAAAGCAUUUUUUAAUGGUAUUCUUGUCUACUUUGCACAAUCUGCUGAGCAUUCUUCAUCUCAUUUCUGUCUCUUAAGAUUUCACGAAUCUUUUUAUCACGAAUGGUAAGCAAACUUCUUACUGCCAUCGAAACUUUAUUCCUGAGAAUUUUUUCCUUCUGCUGCACAAGGUCAACCUUGCCAUCAGGGCGCUUUCCUGACAUUUCCCGUCCUCUCUACUUUUCGGAAAAAGCGUCUCGUGGGCCAGGAAACGUGCAUUUUGAUUGAUUGAUUUAUUCUUUCAGCGCCUCUGACUCCUACUGAUUUAAUAUUUCACUGGAUCUUAGGCGAUUUAUCAACCAAGUAUUCUUACUUGUUAGAGGAAUUCUCAGGAGAUUUUUCUUCUGUAUCUUUUUCUGCCGAAUUUACAGGAAUCUUUUUCCUAAGUGGUAGUGGGCAUUAUAAACAAUUCCUACUACAUUUUUGACAAAUUCUUACUAGUAUCAUAACUCUCCCUUUUAUUUUGUGUUUAUUGCACAGGCUUUACAGCUGUGUUUACAAAUCUUGGUAAGAGUGGAAGGAAAGGUUCAGAGUCGAUUGGUAGUUACUACACAGGUCAGGAUCAUGACGGACAAGUUGCAGUGUCCAGCGGUAUUCAACAGUGGACUGUGCCACAUACUGGUGAAUACAGAAUAGAAGCAAUAGGAGCCUCCGGCGGGUACGAUGAGGACAGUAUCAUCAAAAACGGAGGAAGAGGGGCACGGAUGAUUGGACACUUUAAAUUGACAAAAUAUGAGAUCAUAAAUGUCCUUGUUGGUCAAAAAGGGAAAAGAGGAAAUAUCGACAAACAAACUGCUGGAGGCGGAGGAGGUACAUUUGUAGUGAAAGAAGACAACACGCCUUUGAUUAUAGCUGGAGGUGGAGGGGGAAUUAAAAAUAUGUCAGAACAACAUCUGAGAUGUGAUGCGUCCACAAGCACCACAGGGAAUGCAGGGGACAACUCGCCAUUGGGUUCGGGGGGAAGCAACGGACAUGGAGGACUUACAAAUGGUUUGUUUUCUGGUAGGUGGAGAAUUUUCUUUUUACAAAUACUAAGAUUUUCGUUGCAUUCCACUGCCAUCCUUCAGGAUCUUCAACCAAAUGAGAGAGUCAGUCGCUAAUAAUCAGAUUUUGAAUGAUUUAUUAAAUCAAUAGUUAUCGAAAUUAUUUUUAAGUUUUCCUUUCAUAAUACUUUGGAAACGCCUCAUACAAGCAGUUAAAAUUCUGUCAGAUUUGGCUUUUUCCUUUUUUGAAUUUCCUGCACAUUUGUCCAAUUCUCUAUAGCGAUCCACGAAUAUACGGCAGGAGAAGACGUCGAAACAGAUGACGAGGCUUCUUAUUCGCUAAUAUUGACCCUGGAUUUAAUAGAAACACUAAACAGAGAGUCGAAGCGAACCCUAAAGCUGACUUGUCCUCACAAGCUUUUCAUUAACAAUAUCCAUGCAAUAAUUAAGCCUCAAAAAACCAAGAAAUAAACCUCGUUGCGAAACACUGGAAUCGUUGUUUGAUCGCAAUAACUCAAAUUUGUAGGUGCUUUUUUUAAGAGAACCACUGAUCACUUUUUGAUUGUAUUAUAGGUGGCGGCGGCGGCGGCUUCCACACAAAUGGACACGAUUCAAAAUGCCCAACGCAUUAUAGUGGGGGGAAAGGAGGUUUCGGAUAUCAUCAAGGGGGAGAGGGUGGAUGGCAUUGGGGUGGGUUUGGAGGUGGCGGUGGUUUUUGUACACCAAGGAAGGGACCGGGCGGAGGUGGAGGUUAUUCUGGGGGAAGUGGUGGGGCUAAUGAACAUAUUUCCUGUGGGGGAGGGGGAGGUUCUUUUAACAAUGGAACAAGUCAGUGUAAUGAAUGUUGCUAUAAUAGCGCUGGUCAUGGCUGGGUAAACAUCACAUUUUUCCAAUGA